AUGGCUUCUAAUCUUAAGCUCUUUCUUUUCGUUGCUUUCUUGGCAUGCAGCAGCUUGGACUGCUGCAAGGCCAAGGCAAGACCGUUGGCUUCAAUCUCAAACCUUUCGACCCGCUUAAAAUUAGACGAAGAGUCACCAGAUUGCUGGAACUCUUUGUUGCAGCUGCAGGCAUGUACUGGGGAGAUUGUUCUUUUCUUCCUCAGCGGCGAGACUCAACUUGGUCGUAUCUGCUGCCAUGCUCUGAGCACCAUUGGCGAACAUUGCUGGCCUAGCAUGAUUGAUACACUAGGAUUUAAUACUGAAGAGAGCCAAAUUCUUGAAGGCUACUGUGAUAAAGCUGUCGAUUCCACUGCUCCAUCACCACCAGCACCACCAUCUGUAGUGCCUGUUAAGAUUGUUCCAAAGCAAACUUUGGUUCCUUGA